UGCAAGUGGGCCGUUAAGGCACACGGGGAUGUGGGCAGCUACCGCUCAACCACCAUCAACGUGGGCAGUCUUAUACAUUGUUGGUGUUGGUGGUGUUGGUGGUGUUGGUGUUGUUGGUGGUGUUCGUGUUGGUGUUGGUGGUGUUGUUGGUGUUGGUGUUGGUGUUGGUGGUGGUGGUGGUGGUGGUGUUGGUGUUGGUGUUGUUGGUGUUGUUGGUGUUGGUGUUGGUGGUGUUGGUGUUGGUGUUGGUGUUGGUGGUGCUGCUGUCGGUGGUGCUGUUGUUGUUGGUGCUGCUGUUGUUGUUGUUGGUGCUGCUGUUGUUGUUGUUGAUGGUGCUGCUGCUGGUGCUGCUGCUGGUGCUGGUGCUGCUGCUGCUGCUGCUGCUGUUGCGGCUGCUGCUGCUGCUGCUGUCGCUGCUGCUGCUGCUGCUGCUGUCGCUGCUGCUGCUGCUGCUGCUGUUGCUGCUGCUGCUGCUGCUGCUGUCGCUGCUGCUGCUGCUGCUGCUGUCGCUGCUGCUGCUGCUGCUGCUGUUGCUGCUGCUGCUGCUGCUGUUGCUGCUGCUGUUGCUGUUGCUGCUGCUGCUGUCGCCGCUGCUGCUGCUGCUGUCGCCGCUGCUGCUGCUGCUGCUGCCGCUGCUGCUGCUGCCGCUGCCGCGGCUGCUGCGGCUGCUGCUGCGGCUGCUGCGGCUGCUGCUGCGGCUGUUGUCGCUGCUGCUGCUGCUGCUGCUUCUGCUGCUGCUGCUGCUGCUGCGGCUGCUGCGGCGGCGGCGGCUGCUGCUGCUGCUGCUGCUGCGGUUGUGGCUGCUGCUGCUGCUGCUGCCGCGGCUGCGGCUGCCGCUGCGGCUGUUGCGGCUGCCACUGCGGCGGUGGCGGCGGCUGCGACUGCUGCGGCGGCGGCGGCUGCGGCUGCUCCUGCGGCGGGCGGCGGCGGCCGCGGCUGCUGGUGCUGCUGCCGCUGCCACGGCCGCGGCUUCCGCUGCCGCUGCUGCGGCUGCGGCUGCUGCUGCCGCUGCUGCUGCUGUAAAGCUGUUUUGAUUUUGGAUAUGCUCAUCUUAGUGUGCUUCAUGUUCUUUGCUAUAGAGGUGUGCGUGAGAUUUCGGCCGCAGAACGGGAAGGAGGUCGCCAAAGGUGGUAGGGACUGCGUUUGGCCAGCAAAAGGGCUCGAAUCUUCUGAAGGAAAUGAAUGCUUUACAUUCAAGGAUGAAAAAGCAGGCGAGUCGUCGUUCACUUUUGACCAAGUCUUUUAUGCACAGGCUUUGCAGGCAACAGUGUUUGAUUAUGUUGCGUUCCCGGUUGUCCAAGACGUGAUGAAGGGUGUAAAUGGGACUAUUCUGGCAUACGGCCAGACCGCGGCAGGAAAGACCCACACAAUGGAAGGUCCAGGGAUGCUCAUGGACGACCCCAAGCUGAAGGGAAUUCUGCCGAGAGUUGCGCGAGCAAUUUUCGAAUGCAUACACAACGCGGACGAUUGCAUCGAGUUCCUUGUGAAGCUGAGUAUGGUCGAGAUCUACAUGGAGCGUAUAAGGGACCUAUUCGACACGAGGAGAGACAACCUUCAAGUGAAAGAGGAUAAAGUGCGUGGAAUCUUUGUGGCGGGAGCCACAGAGACGUACGUCCAAAGCGCGGAGGAAAUGCUCCAGCUUUUGCAGGUAGGCGUGAGAAAUCGUGCAGUGGGAGCAACUUCAAUGAACGCAGGAAGCAGUCGCAGCCAUUGCAUUUUCAUCUUAACCGUUCAGCAAACAAACACGGACGAUUGCAGUGUGAAAACUGGCAAACUUUAUCUUGCGGAUCUUGCGGGCUCCGAGAAGGUCGAAAAAACGGGAGCGGAGGGACUACUUCUGAAUGAAGCGAAGACGAUCAACAAGUCGCUCUCGUCCCUGGGCAUUGUCAUCAACAAUCUUGCGGAUGGCAAGGCAUCGCAUGUUCCGUACAGAGAUUCUAAGCUCACGCGAGUGUUGCAAGAGUCCCUGGGUGGAAAUUCGCGCACUACAUUGCUCUGCUGCUGCUCGCCAAGCAGUCUCAAUGCGGCGGAGACACUCUCUACACUUCGCUUCGGGAUGAGAGCAAAGCAAAUAAAAAACAAGCCAAAGGUAAAUGCAGAACGGGGACAGCACGAGCUCGAGCAACUGCUGCAGAAGGCGCAACAGGAGAACCACGUGAUCCGCCAGCAGUUACAAAAGCUUCGUUUGGAGAAUGAGAAGCUGUCAGGCCAAGUAUACAUUUUGACGCAGAAGCUAAGCACGGAGGACGGCGGGGAUGACGAUAGUGCGGCUGCUGCUGCAGGUAAUGAAGUUGUAUCGGCGAAACACACACCGGAACCUGUUGCAUGCGACACUGCCGAGAACCUGCUUUUGAGUGUGAGAUCGAGUGCUGCCACUGGACUUGAAGGCCCGCGAGCUGUGAAUGAGACCCAUGGGGCCAUGGCAGGUUCGUCGGUAGCUGUCACGGUUACUGACCAGGACGACGGGUCAUCGUGCCUGAAUCCGAACCGUCACGGCAUGCAGCCAAAGUCGCUCAGUGAUGCAUUGGCAUUGGAGUCCGAGCUGGGUACGACGCCUGUUGUCGACGACCGAAAAGGAGUUGUGGGUGGUGCUACGCCUAUUUUUCAAAACCAAAAUGCGGUUAUGCAGUGGGUUUUGGCGAAGUGCAUCAAAGCGAUCAAGCAGAGGCUGGCAGAGGAAGGAGUUGUGCUGCCAAGGAGCGAACUUGAAAUGGAUGAGACACCAGUGGGCAAACCAGACGCCUUGGGGGACUUCCUCCGUCUCUUGCAGAGCCCUUGCGGUGGUCCAUCGUUGCCGAUCUCCCCAGGCAGGAGCAAAUCGGGGGGCGCUGGUUCAGGCAGCAGAGGGUGGCAAGGAAGCAUGGAAAAAGUAGGCGAGGGGAAGGAAUUUGAAAGCUCCAAAGAAAGUAAGAAAGACGGAGAAGGCGCACUAUUGCAAAUGGACAACGGAAAUGGGCAAAGUACAGGUUCAGGGUGUGGGGAUCACUCGUUCGCGUUUACCCGUAUGAAGAGAUCCCUCGCUUUCCUCGAUAGGAACAUCGACCUCUUAUCGAAAAAUCUCCACUUCCAAUUGGAGAGCCGGCGGUCCCAAGUACAACCUGAAGGGGACAGUGAUGGUGACCUGGUUGGUCCCAAAGAUGGGGAAUGGGAAUAUGCAGAGAGGGAAUACGACAGAAAGAGAUCGAGUUCCGCGCACGAUAUUCAGCAUGUCUCGAGACCCAGAAUUCUGAAGCCAGUCCGUGGCGGAACUCUGGCAGUAGCCCCCGAGGCACAAGCCCAUCAUGACGCUGGCACUGUGGCCUCCUGCAAGUCAAGAAUCUGGUCAGGGAUAUGGGCAAUAUGGAGAAGAGCGCCACCAAAAAAAAAAUCAGCACCAAGGUGUCCCACGGACGAAGGAGAUUCUGACUUCUCUCUUGUAAAGUCAAUAUCCUUCCUUGAGUCUUUUAUGGCAAAUUUUGAAGGCAGUGUGCAUCGAGUUUGAAAUUUCGGAAUCUGAAUUCUGAACUUUUCCUUUCUCACUUCGGGACGGCACACAUGGUGGUUGGGGGGUUGGGUUUCGUGCGGCUAUUUUUGUUUGGGGGGGGGGGGGGGGGGGGGGGGGGGGGGGCGGCGUAUUGAACAUUUCCCUUUUUUUUUUCUUUUUCCUUUUUUGGACACUUAAACCACCACUACCUUUGUCACUGGACAAGUUGUAAAAGUAACCUAGUCCGGAAAAUUUGGCGGCGGAUGGUCGCUGAUAUUUUCCAUCGACAGCUCCCGGCCUUCGCAUUCGAAUUUAGAGGCCCGCCACCGAGACGU